UCCAGUUUUUAAGGGUUCCAUAUCUGAAUAGAUUGAUCCAAACCAGACUGCCAAAUUCACUCUAAACUCGUCAGAUGGUUUCAGAUCUGAGAUGGUUUCGAAGAUCCAGAUCUGUUGAUCUCUAAGUUUCCAGCUAAUCAUCACAACCAAACCCCCACACAGCUACCUUCGCCAUCGCCGGGACACAACCCAUUGUUUUUGCCCAGGAAUUCAGCUCUGCGCUCGAUCCUAGGAGACACGAUUUUCCUAUCUUUGGUUAGUCUUCUCAAAACAUUCAUAUUUUUGUGAGCUUUCUGGGAUGCCUUAUAUUUAUACCAACAUAAUAGACAAGGAGGAUCCAAUAAGUUUUUACCUUAACUGGAAAUUUCGGUUCAAGGAAUCACCUAAAGCUCCGAUUUUCCCCCCAUUUCUCUGUGUAAGCUCUCUGUCUACGCAGGUUGUUUGGUUUGACGGAAAAUUGUUGGGGAAAAGAACCAAGGCCCGAAGUGAACUAAAAUUCUUGGAAAAUGUCUUCUGAUAUUAGCGAAUAUACUAUUGGAGGUGAUGAAAUUGUUGAGUAUGGAGAGGAUGAAACUCAAGUUCUUCCUAAACGGAGAAAAUUAACUUCAAAAGCAUGGAAAGACUUUGAGAAAAUUAGAGGGCCAGACAGAGAAGAUUUAGCUAGGUGCAAGCAUUGUAAUAAAGUGUUUGCUGGGGGAGGAACAAGUCAUUUGUUCAAACACCUAGCUGGUAGAUGCCCUGGAUUAAUUGAAACAAAUUCUUCUAGAAGUACCUCAAAGAGUCACCCCAUUGGAGGUGAUGAAAUUGUUGAAUUACAAGAGGAUGCAACUCAAGUUCUUUCUAAACAGAGAAAAUUAACUUCAAAAGUAUGGCAAGAUUUCAAGAAAAUUAAAGGGCCAAGUGGAGAAGAUUUAGCUAGGUGCAAGCAUUGUAAUAGAGAGUUUGUUGGGGGUAGUAAAGGGACAGGCCAUUUGUUAAAACAUCUAGCUGGUAGAUGUCCUGGACCGAUUGGAGCAAAUGCUUCUAGAAGUGCCUCAAAGAGUUCCCCUACUAUGGGUGAUGAAAAUAUGAAGUUAGGAGAGGAUACAACUCAAGUUCUUUGUAAACAAAGAAAAUUAACUUCAAGAGUAUGGCAAGACUUUAAUAAAAUUAAAGGGCCAAGUGGAGAAGAUUUAGCGCAGUGCAAGCAUUGCAAUAGAGAGUUUGUUGGGGGUUGUAAAGGGACAGGCCAUUUGUUAAAACAUCUAGCUGGUAGAUGUCUUGGACUAGUUGAAGCAAAUGCUUAUGGGAGUACCUCAAAGUGUUCCCUAGACUUGACUCCUAAAGUAAUAUUGUCUGGGUUUGAUCAAGAAAGAAGUUGUCUGGAUCUUGCUAGGAUGAUUAUUAAGCAUAAUUAUCCUUUUAAUAUGGCAGAACAUGAGUAUUUUGAGAUAUUUUGUAAUAACCUUCAGCCUAUGUUUAAGCUUAUCUCUAAGAACACUAUUGGAGCAGAUGUUCUCAGCAUUUAUCGAGAAGAAAAGGAAAAACUAUACCAAGAAUUGGUUGGGCUUAGUUGUAAGUUUACUCUUACAACUGAUAUUUGGACUUCAAAUGAUCAAAACCUUGCUUACGCUUGCGUAACUGUGCACUAUGUGACAAAUGAUUGGGAGCUGAAGAAGAAAAUGUUAGCCUUCAAAUUCAUUGAAUACCCUCAUGAUGGGAAAACACUAUUUAGGUAUAUCAAGGACCUAAUAUUGGAGUGGAAUAUUGAUAAGAAGUUAUUUUCUAUGGUAGUUAAUGAUGCUUCAAACAAUGCUGUCAUGGUAAGGCUCCUAAGAGAGUGGCUUGUUGACCAAUCUUUAUUACCUUUGACUGGAAAGUUAUUUCAUGUACGAUGUACUGCACAUAUGCUUAAUUUGAUUGUGCAUGAUGGAUUGAGGUUGAUAGAUGGUCUCAUCUCCAAAAUUAGGGAGAGUGUGAGAUAUUUGGCUACAGAAGAUGCAAAACAAAAUUUUGAUCUUGCUUUAAAUCAGGUCAAAUUGCAAGGAAAUAAGAGAGUUCCUAUGGAUGACCCUACUAGAUGGAAUUCUACAUUUUUUAUGCUUGAGACUGCUUUAGAAUUGAAAAGUGCCUUUUGUUGUUUAGAGGAAAUUGAUAAAAAUUAUGAGCACAAUCCUUUAGAAGAAGAAUGGGAUGUUGGUAGGGUAAUUCAUCAAAGCUUGAAAGUUUUCUAUGAUACUUCUCGUCAUUUUAGUGGGACCAUCUUUCCAACAUCAAAUGUUUUUUUCCCGGAUAUAUGUCAGAUUCAGCUUCGUUUAAAAGAAUGGAAGAAUAGUGAGAAUGAAUAUCUUCAUCUGAUGGUUAAUCCAGUUUGUGAGAAAUUUGGAAAAUAUUGGGAGAAUUGUUGUUUGCUAUUGGCAAUUGCUGCAAUUCUUGAUCCUAGACUGAAAUUGGCUAUUGUGAAAUAUUAUUUUGGUAUGAUCUAUGGCGAUGAUGCUGAAACACAUGUUCACAGGGUUCGUGUUGCCUUCACUGAUUUAUUUAAUGAGUAUAGAGGUGAUAUUUCUCAGUCUACGGGCUCCACUCAUUCAAGUGCUAAGCAACUGCUUUCUAGUUCUUCCGGGGAUAGAUUAUCUAGUUUUUAUCAAUGGUAUAUGCAAGAUCAGGCCUCUAGUAUUCACGAGACAAAAAAAUCUGAGCUGAACCAGUACUUGGAGGAGUUAGUGUUUCCAGGUAAUGAGAAUUUUAAUAUCCUUCAUUGGUGGGAGAUCAACAGUGCUAAAUUUCCUACAUUAGCAAGGAUGGCUCGUGAUAUUUUAGCUAUUCCAAGUAUCACUGUUGCACCAGAGGCCGCAUUUAGUGUGGGAAGUAGGACGAUUGAUGAGACACGCACCUCUUUACCGCCAGAUAUUGUGGAGGCUUUGGCAACUGGAAAUGAUUGGAUUGAGUUUCAAACAUAAUAAGGAUCCUACAUAUUGAGAUUGGGUUGGGUUUCACAAGUCCAACGCAUGCAUCAGCAAUGAACAUUCAGUACCUGUCUGAAUAUCAUCUGGGCGUUUAUUGGCAUUUUAUGGGUUUUGUAUUUUUAUUUUUAUAGGGAUUGCAAUUCAAUCAUGUUGUUUGAUUAUUCUUUCCUUUUAUUAUUGUAUGAAAUGAAACAAUGUUUAUAAAAGAAGCCCACCUCAAUGCCCUGGCAUCGAUAGCUUUCCAGAGAUGCAGCAA